AUGGCUCAGCUGGGCUCCACGGAUGCCCCAGAGCCGGAGCCUCUCGAAGCCUCAGCUGCGGCCACAGCACAAUGGGCAGAGCUGGAGGACGCCGGGCCUGGAGACACGCAUGAUGCCAGCUCGUGGGCAGCUGCCAGCCGGGCCAGCGAGGCAGCUGACGGCCCUGAGCCUUCCUGCCCCGGCAGCAGGCCCUUGGAGGAGCCGGGGAACGAGCAGGUCUCCGUCAGCACGUUCCCUGCCCGGCUGGUGGCCGAGCAGCUGACACUCAUGGACAAGGAGCUGUUCCUGGAGCUGGUGCCAAACCACUGUCGGGGGGACCUCUCAUCUAUCAGGAACAAGCCGGGCUACGAGCAUGUGUGCCCCACUGUGCGGGCCAUCGAGAGCCAGUACUACACUGUGGCCGCCUGUGUCCUUACCACCUGCCUCUCGGAACUGAGCCCGCCCGCGCGGGCACGGAUGCUGGAGUACUGGAUCCUGGUGGCCCAGGAGUGCCAGCGCCUCCGCAACUGGGCGUCCACCUAUGCCAUCAUCUGUGCCCUGCAGAGCCCCGCCAUCCGCCGACUCUGCCAGACCUGGGGCCACGUGUCCUGGUGGAGCCGGAGGAAGCUGAAGGCCCUGCGCAGACAGGCCCGGAAACAUAGACGCUGCAAGCCCCUGCAGUCUGGGCCUGAGGGAGGAGAGUGGGGGCUGGGCGUGCGGGUAACAGAGGCUCAGGGUCGGGUGCUCAUCCCCAGGUGGAACAGCGCUGCAGCUUUGUGUCCUGCUUGA